GAAGACGCCUAAAAUUCGUUGACUCACCUUCUCUCUAUCCAAAAUGCAACUAUUUAAGUUAUGCAGCCACACUUGAAAGUAUUGAGUUGUGUUCUUAAGGUAUUCAAGUUACUAUCGGAAAGGACUUUCUUUCAACAGUCAACAAAAACUCAAGAUGGAUGCAGUCUCAGGGAAAAAGGCACCCGAGUUAACAGGAUCGGUUUCUGACCACACCUACUGCCAGCCAUGUGCGAACGAUGGCAAGAACAUCCCACCUGAUGCCUUCUGUACCGUCUGCAAGGAGUUCCUGUGUUCCAACUGUGCCCGAGUACAUAGGAACAUGAAGUUUACCAAAAGCCACGCCAUCCAGAACAAGAGUACCAUGCCUUCUUCAUUCCUACCAGAGCGUGAGAACAAGCAUUUUACGGAAACAUGUCAACGCCAUGCCGAAGAGUUCAUAAAAUACUAUUGUCCCAAUCACGAGGACCUUCUGUGUGGGGAAUGUUUGGCUGACAGGACCCACCGAUCAUGUAACAUUGAAAGGAUUUCUCAGCUUGCAAAACGAUAUAAGGAGGGUGCAGAAUAUAACAGUCUGAAGGCAGGAAUGGUCCAGAUGGUCAAUGACAUUGGCACACUUUCAAACGACAUACAUACGGGCAUGAAAUCAGUUAACGACGAAAACAUAACAAAUAUCAAUGAGCUUCGAAAGUUUAGGAAUGAAAUUAACCAAUACCUUGAUAAGAGGGAAAAAGAGUUACUGAAUGAAAUUGAGCAGAAAAAACGGAAAUCACAAAGCCUGUUAAAAGAGCUGGACUCAAUUUGCCAAGACAUAAAAGCUGCCACUGAGAAACUCAAGGCCGAGCUUAAAGCCCAGGAGGUCAACAACAACCAGCUGUUCAUAUCUGGAACAAAAGCAGUCAAGGAGUUAGUCGGUCUACAAUCAGCCCUAAAGGACACCAGAGAGAAAACUAGAGUGCCAUACAUCAAGUUCAGCAGAGACCCCACCACAGAACAGCUGCUGUCUUCAAGCACAGCAAUUGGCAUAGUGGACCAGGUGGCGUCAGAUUUGGCAGACCAGCAGAAACAAGCCCAGGAGCAAGCCUUAAACCAGAGCCGUGCAGACCUAAGCCAGUCCCAGUUUAGCAAGCUGCCUGGCAUUCCAGUGAAGACGGCAGCAGACACCACAAACUGCUUCCUGACCGUUGUGGCCUUUCUGUCCGGAGACAGGCUUCUACUGGCUGACUACAACAAUUGGUCAGUAAAGCUUUCGGACACACUACCAACAAGAUGGUGUCCCAGGUGAAACUUCCAGGUCAGCCG